GAUAAACAGUAAUACAUCAUGCCAGAACCAGCUAAGCCAGCACCCAAGAAGGGAUCCAAGAAAGCAGUGACAAAGGCUGCAGGGAAAGGAGGCAAGAAGCGCCGAAAGACCAGGAAGGAGAGCUAUGCCAUCUACGUGUACAAGGUGCUGAAGCAGGUCCACCCCGAUACCGGUAUCUCCUCUAAGGCGAUGGGCAUCAUGAACUCUUUCGUGAACGACAUCUUCGAGCGCAUCGCUGGGGAGUCUUCCCGCCUGGCUCAUUACAACAAGAGGUCCACCAUCACCUCCAGGGAGAUCCAGACCGCAGUGCGUCUGCUUCUGCCCGGUGAACUGGCCAAGCACGCCGUGUCCGAGGGAACCAAGGCCGUCACCAAGUACACCAGCUCCAAGUAAUUCAUUGACGCAAAUUCAAAUACAAAGGCUCUUUUAAGAGCCACCCACUUCAUCCUUUGAAAAGCAAUUUCAAUGUUUUGCGAACUAAACCGUUUAAUUUUGACAUUGAUAGUUCUUGAAACAUUCUGACGA